AUGUGGUCGAAAGGACCCUUCAAAUCGCGUCGCCCGAUGGGCAACCCCACAUCGGCGGAUAAGACGUCAGAGGAUCCCGCGCGGACAGCCAAGGACUUGCCUGCGCUGCCAUACGAUUCAACCACGUCUCUGCACAAUACUAAGACUGGCCAGCCCACUGCGCCCUUGCCUCCAGCGGGCAAUACAUAUGAGAGCAAGCAGUAUCCAGAUGUAUCUCCAGCCGUUUCACCUGAAUUGGGACCUCGAGUACGCGACAGUGGAAGCAGCUUCUGCGUCUCGCCGAUAGAAGAUAUUGGCACUGAUCGAGGGUUCCCCCAUCAGCGAACGGGUUCUUGGGGAUAUGGAGUUGCUCCUGCUCCUGCCCCAGCUCGUGCUGUAAAUACUCGACCGUCGCCGCCUCAGCCCUCGCAGUCAGCACCCAAAACAAUCAACUUCACGCCAAAUAGCGAUGAACACCCUACUCGCUGGGACGCAUACUCGGGCGAGCCAACUACAAGCAAUGCCGGGAACGCAGGCCAAGUCGAGCCACGCAACACGACUUUCCAUAAAACGUCCGGAUCGCAUGCUACCAACUUCCUACACUGGGGCCGCGAGCAACUACAGCCCAAAAAGAAGUAUGAACAGGCACGGAGCCGGAUCAGCAGUUUCUCCAAGAACGAGAACCGUGCUCCAGAAUCCCGCAAUCGUUCCUCGUCACGUGUGCAGCCGUUGGCAGAGCAUUCCGUCAAUAAAGACGCGGGUUACGCGGGUUCCCAACCCAAAAAUACUCAUCUGGGCUUUGUACCCACGGUCGUGACGACGAUUACCGCCGGCGACCCCAAACCGUUGCCGGAGAGACCGGCCACCGAGCAUGCCUACAAGCUCCCUCGAACACAGGCAUCGUAUGACAAGUUAAACAAAGAAGUAGACGACUUGAUGAUGUACGGCAAACCUAUGAGCCGUUUCGACGCGCCAAUCACUGCUGUGGACAACGGCAGCGCCAAUGGAAGCCCGAACGACAGCCCGCGCGCCAGUCUAAAUCUGGUAUCAAAGUCUACAGAGGACCUCUCUGCUUCAAUCAUGUCGCGCCGGCGCCCGGUCCCUAUUUCCAUGCCCACAUCAAAGAAGCCAGUAAGAAAGCCCAUUCCCUCGGAGGCCGCGCAAGAGCCAACCCUGGCGAACCAAUCCCAGCCCGACGACGCCCCCAAGGAUACACUAGGACGCAUCGAAGCUCUAGAAGCCCGACGUGACGAGCUCGCGAAACGCAGAUUUAAUCUGGAAACGGUCAUCCACGAGUUGACUCGGGUGAUCCAGCCUGGUUCUAUCGCGUAUGAUCUCGCUGCAAAAGCGGAGGUCAAGCGCAGCGUGCAGAGUAUCGAGAACGAAAUUGCCGAGAUCAAGCGAGAAGAGCAUGAGCUUGGAUUGAAGGUUACUCGCGCGUGGAGAAAAUUGGAUGAGAGGGAGAAUCAUGGUGAUGGUAGUAACUUGUGGGUUAAGCGCGUCACGAGUUGA